AUGGUUACCAAACCUUCAAAUAAUUUAAGAAGAGAGCAUGCAUGGCUAAAGGAAUCGAAUAUAUUUGAUAAUGACAACGACAUAUUGUUAAGCACACUAAGCAAACAAUUCAGCAACAAGAAAUCUACUAAUGAAUAUAACAAAGGAAGCUUGAUAUUGCAUAAUGUGGGAAGUAUAGAUCGCAAUGAGACAAUAGAAGUCCUUGAUGAUGAUGACGACGACGACAUCAUAUUAACGAACAUAUCCAAACCAAAUGAAUUAUCAAAAGCGCAAACAGCUACAUCGUCACCAAAAAAUAACAUGAAUCCUAACGCCAUGAAUGAAAUCCAAAGGGAUGUAUCGACAUCGAGUCGUGUAGUUAGUACCUAUAGUGGCUCAAACUCUUAUCCAUUCAUUAGCAAAGAUAUCUCACCAAAAAAUGUAUGCAACUCUUCAGAUAACUUGCAACAGAGCACAUUACCAGUAGUAUAUAGAGAUAAGAGAUCAAAUAAGACCAUAGACGGCUCUAUACCAGUGUUGAAAGCCCAAAAAGAACUGAUUGAAAAACUCAAAGACUUAAAUAAAACGAUGACUUCUAAAAUUGAUAUCAUGGAAUCCACUUCCCUAUCUGAGGAUUAUAAGAGAACUCAAAUAAAUACUGUCAUUAAUCCGAAAAUCAAAUCCAAACAAUCAGAAAUCGAAAAAAUGGAACUAAAGCUCGAAACUUUAUCACAAGAAAUCAAAAAUAUCUCCCAUAUACUUUCUGACAUCAGCAAUGAAAAUGUCUUCAAAAACAUUAAAUCACAAAAAUUUGACUCCCAAAGAGCCUCCAUCACAGCAAAUAAUAGUCUAACUGAUUUGCAAAUCAAUGAAGGGUUUAACAAUAAUAUCACAAAAAAUAAUAGAGACUUCAACCCCAUACCCGAUAAUAGUGUUAUUAGAGGACAGCAAGUAAACAUGUCUUCAUUUCAAGAAGAAUCUCUGUACAUUGACUCCUACAACGAACCGAACACACAGUCAAGGGCGCCAUAUACCAGACAGAUGCGUGACCGACAUCAAAUUAAUUAUAGAAUACCUGAAGCCGAUGAACCAUUUGAAUAUAGGGUAGGUAAACUGCAACCGACUAUCGCUUCUGAUGACACCACAUAUGAUGCUGAAAAUACUGAUAACCCAGAUGAAGACGGAUACUUGACCACCCAAGAUGGCGAAAAACAUUCUGAUGUACAUCAAAGUGAUCUAGAUUUUAUAGAGGAUAGUCCAUCAGAAAUUACCCACGAUACUGCUUAUGUGGAAACAAACAAUAAUGAGACUUCCAGUAGAAUACAAAUUAUAAUGUCAUCUCCUAAUCGUUUAGAUGAAUAUGGUCCUUCAGUACAAUCUCAAAUCGACUUGUCUGGUGAUUCGUUAGAUUCAAAUCAUAAUGUCGGUUAUAAAAUGGAAUACAUUGGAGAAAGUGACUUCAAUAUAAAUACAGGAGCUACAAACACUAAACAUACCGAAGUUAUAGAAAACUUAAGUACGGACUCAGAUAAUUGGGGAGAAGUCGAGAACCUUACUGAUUAUGAUGCUGAGAGUUUUGAUGAAGAACGAGAAAAUAAAACCAGAGUAUCAGAUAUUGAAGAAUUAGAUAAUGAACUAGAGAUUAUUACUGAAAGGAAAAUUGGUAAUGGUGACGGUUUCAUGUUAACUAGUGUAAAGAAAGAAGAAUCUGCUAUCGUAUCACUAUCAGAAAGCCAUCCUACCUCAUUAACUGAUGACGAGCUUGAAGAGGAUAUUUCUCUAUUAGGAGUAGCUGAAAACGCUGAAUCCCCACCACAUACACAUAUAACAGAUGUGGUCUCACCAAACUCUUGGACUAAAGAGGUGUAUAAAAAGUUAAAGACUGUUUUCAAUCUAACGAGUUUUAGAUCUAAUCAAGAGGAGGCUAUAAAUGCGACUCUUAGUGGAAAAGAUGUAUUUGUUCUAAUGCCUACUGGUGGAGGUAAAUCUCUUUGUUAUCAAUUACCUGCAAUUGUGAAAGGCGGAUGCACCAAAGGAACAACUAUAGUCAUUUCUCCUUUAAUCUCAUUAAUGCAAGACCAAGUCGAACAUUUACAAAAAUUAAACGUUAAGGCAAGAAUGUUAAGUUCGAAGGGAGGAAUAGAUGAAAAAAAUCAUACAUUCAAUCUAUUCAUCAAUGGCUUCUUAGAUCUUAUUUACUUGUCUCCUGAAAUGAUUAGUGUUUCAGAGAAGUGUAAGACAGCUAUAGAAAAAUUGUAUCAAAAUAAGCAACUAGCCAGAAUUGUGGUUGAUGAGGCUCACUGUGUUUCUAACUGGGGUCACGAUUUUAGACCCGACUACAAACAGCUGUCAUACUUCAAGGUACAAUAUCCUGACAUUCCAAUGAUGGCUCUCACUGCAACCGCCAGUGAACAGGUUCAAAUGGAUAUUGUAUUCAAUCUGAAAUUAAAGGAUAACCUAUUUCUGCGUCAAAGCUUCAAUAGAACCAAUUUAUAUUAUGAGGUUCGUAAAAAAACCAAAAAUACCAUUUUUGAAAUCUGUGAUACUAUAAAACAACAGUUUAGAAAUCAGACCGGUAUAAUAUACUGCCAUUCUAAGAAUUCCUGUGAGCAAACUGCCCAGCAAAUGCAGCGUAAUGGUAUCAAAUGUGCAUACUAUCAUGCAGGGAUGGAGGCUGAUGAAAGACUUCAAGUCCAGCGAGAAUGGCAGAAUGACAAUCUUCAAGUCAUUUGCGCUACUGUUGCUUUUGGAAUGGGGAUCGAUAAGGCAGAUGUUCGGUUUGUAUUUCAUUUUACAGUUCCAAGAACACUAGAAGGUUAUUACCAAGAGACAGGCAGAGCAGGUAGAGAUGGGAACUAUUCAUAUUGUAUUACUUAUUAUUCAUUCCGUGACGUGCGUACAAUGCAAACAAUGAUUCAAAAGGAUAAAAACUUAGAUGGCAUCAACAAACAGAAACAUCUCGAUAAGCUACAGCAAGUAACAGCAUACUGUGAAAAUGAUACGGAUUGCAGACGAAAGCUCGUUUUAUCAUAUUUUAGUGAAGAGUUUGAUCCAAUAAAUUGUAAUAAGAAUUGUGAUAAUUGCCGUAACAGCAGUAGUGUAACUAAAGAAGAGAGAGAUGUUACGUCGACCGCAAUUUCUAUUGUAAAAUUAGUACAAUCAAUUCAAAAUCAAAAGGUUACUUUAAUCUACUGUCAAAAUAUAUUCAAAGGGUCUAGAAAUUCCAAGAUUGUUCAGGCAGGUCAUGAUAUGCUUCCACAGCACGGUGCUGGAAAAAACUUGACUAAGUCUGAAAUAGAAAGAAUAUUCUUUCAUUUGAUUACUAAACGAAUUUUACAAGAAUAUUCAAAAGUUAACAACGCAGGGUUUUCUUCCAGUUAUGUCAAAGUUGGUGAUGGGUGUAGAGAUCUGUUAAAUGGAAAACUUCAACUAAAAAUCCAGUUUUCAGUGUCGGAAGGGAAUUCCAGAUCGUCCGCAGGACUUCCUAAAUCUAAUUCAUCAAAUACCAAUAAUUACGACAGAUCUUUAACUAAAAACAUUACUGCAAAUAAUGAUUCUGAACAACAUCUUAGAAAUUAUGCAUAUAGUCCCUCUAAUUCUGAACGCAUGCGAGCAGAAAGCUCAAAACAUACCGGUUCCACUCAAGAGGUGAAUGACCUAAAAUCCGCAUAUGAUCGUCUAAGAAAUGCAGCAAUAAGUUGGGGAUCAAGAAUGGUUCCAGCAGUAAAUAAAUUCAUGGACGAUAAUGUUCUUAGACGACUGGCUGCAAUUCUACCUGCCACAGAAGAGGAGUUCAUUGGAAUAGUUGGCAAUAACAGCACUGAUUCUAAGAAGUAUAAGUAUUUCAAAGAUAUUUUCAUUGAUUUGCGUAAAAGAAGAAUUGAGAGGAUGUGUAAUUUGUCUUCCAAUUUUGCUUUUAAUGAGGAGGGACAAAGCCAGAUUGAUACAAUGGAAAUCCAGACAACAUCUAGGUUUUUUAACAAUACCGAUGAAAACAAGAAUCUAGUCUCCCUAACACCUUAUGAACAAAGUACUCAAGUAUCUAAAGGUGUUAACGCUAGGACAGCAGGCGGGAAAAAGUACAAGAGGAAUUUUAACUAUAAGAGAUAUAGAAACUACAAUAAAUGGAAGAAAUAG